ACUAAGGUUAUUAAGAAAAUGUGGAGAUUGAAGAUAGCAGAUGGAGGGAAGAGUCCUUACAUAUUCAGCACAAACAACUUUUUAGGAAGGCAAAUAUGGGAGUAUGAUUCUGAAGCAGGAACUGACGAAGAACGAGCACAGGUUGAAGCAGCUCAUCAACAUUUCUAUCAAAAUCGCUUUCAGCAAAAGGCAUGUGCUGAUCGACUUUGGCGAUUUCAGAUUUUGAGGCAAAAAGAAUUCAAACAAAUAAUAAGCAAAGUGAAGAUAGAAGAUGAUGAGGAAAUUACAUGGGAGAAGGCUACUCAGACCAUAAAGAGGGCUUCCCAUUAUCUGUCGGCACUGCAAACUAGUGAUGGCCAUUGGCCUGCUCACCUUGGGGGUUCUCACUACUUCACUCCUAUCAUGAUCAUCUCUAUCUACAGUACAGGACAUCUUGAUACUGUAAUUUCAGAAGAACAUCGUAAAGAAAUUCUCCGUUACUUGUAUAAUCAUCAGAACGAAGAUGGAGGUUGGGGAUUAAACAUAGAGGGUCCAAGCACCAUGUAUUGUACCGCACUCAAUUACGUAACUGUGAGAAUUCUUGGAGAAGGACCCAAUGGAGGUCAUAACAACGCUUGCGCUAAGGCCAGAAACUGGAUUCAUGAUCAUGGUACCAUAACACUUAUGCCUUCGUGGGGAAAAUUUUGGCUUUCGGUACUCGGUAUUGUUGAUUGGAGUGGAUGCAAUCCAUUGCCCCCUGAAUUUUGGAUACUUCCUACUUUUCUCCCCAUGCAUCCUGCUAAAAUGUGGUACUAUUGUCGAUCUGUAUACAUGCCCAUGUCAUAUGUAUACGGAAAAAGAUUCGUGUGUCCGGUCACACCACUAAUCACAGAUUUGAGAGAAGAACUUUUUACUGAACCUUACGAUGAAAAUACUUGGAAAAAAGCUCGUCACAAAUGUGCAAAGGAAGAUCUGUAUUAUCCGCAUCACUGGAUACAAGAUCUAAUAUGGGACAGUGCUUAUUUUUUGACUGAGCCACUUUUCACACGCUGGCCUUUCAAUAAGAUCAGAGAAAAGGCACUUGAUGUAGCAAUUAAAGGUAUUCACUACGAAGAUGAAAGUACUCGAUACCUAGAUAGUGGGAGUGUUAACAAGGCUUUUUCUAUGCUUGCUUGCUGGGUAGAAGAUCCAGAUGGAGAUGCUUUUAAGAAGCAUGUUGCUAGGAUCCCAGAUUAUUUGUGGCUUUCAGAAGAUGGAAUGUGUUUACAGGGAAUUAAUUCGCAAUCAUGGGAUGCUGCUUUCAUGGUUCAAGCUUUUCUUGCUACUAAUCUAAUUGAUGAUCUUGGACCCACAAUUGCAAAAGCACAUGAUUUUAUCAAGAAGUCCCAGGUGGCAGAAAAUCGUCCUGGGGAUUUUAAGAGUAUGUUUCAUCACAUUUCUAAAGGGUCGUGGACCUUGGCGGACAGAGACCACGGAUUACAAAUUUCUGACGGCACAGCAGAAUGUAUGAAGUGUUGUCUACUUUUAUCAAUGUUGCCAGAAGCGAUUGUAGGAGAAAAAUUGGAACCUGAAAGGUUAUAUGACUCGGUCAAUUUUAUAUUGUCUCUUCAGAGUAAAAAUGGAGGUGUAACUGUGUGGGAGCCAGCAUUAGGUCAAAAGUGGUUGGAAAUUCUGAAUCCGGCGGAAUUUCUUGCUGACAUAGUGGUUGAGCAGGAGUAUAUUGAGUGUACUGGAUCAGCAAUUCAGGCUUUAGUAUUGUUCAAAAAACUAUAUCCAAAGCAUAGAAGGGAAGAGAUAGAGAAGUUCAUUGUGAAAGCAACUGAGUACAUUGAAGAUGAACAAUCACAAAAUGGAACUUGGGUUGGGAUCUGGGGAGUUUGUUUCACCUACAGUUCCUGGUUCGCACUUGGAGGUUUAGCUGCUGCUGGAAAGACUUAUACUAACUGCGCCGCCAUUCGUAAAGCUGUCAAAUUUCUACUCUCUAUACAAAAUGAGGAUGGUGGAUGGGGAGAAAGUUAUCUUUCAUGUCCAAUGAAGACGUACGUGCCUCUGGAAGGGAAUCGAUCAAAUAUAGGUCAAACAGCUUGGGUUCUAAUGGCUUUAAUUCAUGCAGGACAGGCUGAGAGAGAUCCAAUGCCUCUUCAUCGUGCUGCAAAGUUACUCAUUAAUUCUCAGCUAGAAGAUGGUGAUUGGCCCCAACAAGAGGCUGUGGGGGCGUACAAGAGUAGUUGCUUGCUUCAUUACCCAUUUUAUAGAAGUUAUUUUUCGAUGUGGGCUUUGAGUGAAUACCGUAACAAAGUUUUAGUGCCUUCUGCUACUCCCAAGCUUGAGAUGUGAUGAAUCUUAUGCGAGUCUUUGAUAUCAUUAUCUCAGGUAAGAGAUUUACAAGAAAUUGAUGGCAAUGUUGUGAGGAUGAAGAUGUAGGAUGUAUGCAACAUUCCUCUCUACAAUAAUAUAUGAUUUGAAGAAUCUAAAUAAACCAUUUUAUUAUGUUAUUAACUUGGAGAAAAUGGAACUAAAUGGUUGAUGAUAAGUGAUUAUGUAAAAUAAUUGAACAUAAAUGAAAAAUAUUUAAAAUAUAUGA